AUGGGCUCAAAAUUAUCACAAAUAAUAGCUGACUAUGUCAUAGAUGAACUUCUAGAUGAGUGUAUACCCCAGUUGACGUUCAUAAUACCUUUUUGCAAAAAAUACGUCGACGACCUCAUCCUCAUGAUACCCGAAGGAAAACAAGAUGAGAUCCUCAAUGUUUUCAACAGUUUCCAUCCAAAGAUUCAAUUUACCAUUGAAGAAGAAUCCAAUAACUGUGUUCCAUUCUUGGACACAAAAGAGAUCAGAGAAGAUGAAACAAUUAAAACUGAUUGGCACAGAAAGACAACAGCUUCAGGCAGAUAUAUACAUUACACCUCAUACCACCCGAUGAAAAUGAAGAUUAACCUUAUCCUAAACCUGAAGACCAGGAUCACAACGAUCUCACACCCGGCAUACCUUGACAAAAACCUGAAGACCUGGGAAGAGUUGAUGGAACAGAAUGGUUACCCCAGAUCCUUGGUAAGAAGAUUAGUCUUCAACACCCCCAACCAUCACAUGCAUGAACAACAAAUGGAAAAUACAAAUAACGAGCGACCACCAAGAGAACCACCAAGAGAAGAAAAUCAAAACAGAAAAAAGAUAAUAAUACUACCCCAUAUAGAAGGAUUAACACACAAGAUAACAAAACUAUUGAGCGACGACAAUACCUUCAUAGCAAAAUACAAUGUAAAAACAUCUAAAUACCUGUACAGUAAACUCAAAGAUACAACACCCAAGGAGAGAAGACCCAACGUUGUCUACAGGAUACCGUGCAACAAUUGCAGCGGAGUAUACAUCGGAGAAACGAAGAGAACGAUGAAUAAAAGGAUCACAUCACACAAGAGUGAUUCUAGAAGGAACAUCCAAGCCUGCGCACUAGCUCAACACGAAAACACGACUGGACACCACAUGAAAUUUUCUGACUUAGAGAUCCUAGAUACAGAAACUAACAGUUGGAAGAGAAAAUUUAUAGAGAUGAUCAGGAUAACCCAAGAACCUAACGCAAUCAAUCACAAAAAAGACAUUGAUAACCUCAGCGCAAUUUAUGCGAACCUAGUCGAGAUAGACAAAAUGUCCAGAAACAGAAACCCCAUACAGAUAGAUACAGAUACGGAUAGAAGACCCUAG